AUGAGCAAGGUGCCGGCCGGCGGCUAUGUGUUUAAUACGGACAAGCACCUGUUCGGCUACGGCAUGCGCAACGAGGGCGUCGAAAACAGCGGCGACCACUUUACGCGCACCGUUAACGGGCAAGCGGUCGACAUCCAGAAGGAAAAUCCGGCCGAGGAUCUAAACCAUCUCGGCGACCCGUCCGUCCCCAACAACAACUGGUACGUGUACCCGAAGUGCUUCAUGGCCUAUAACGCGCCCGUUAUCUAG